AGUUUCAAGUGAAUAUUAUUUACUUCAUUAUUUUAGAAAUGGCAUCCCAUAGUAUUUUGGCAGAUGAUUAUAUUUUGGAGCUAUUAGGAGACGGUACAAAUUCAGAAUUAUCCGAUUUAUCUGAUGAAGACGAUGAAUAUUUUAAAUCAAGUGAAUUUGAUUGUCUUAUGACCAAUUUUGAUGAUGGUGAUUUUAAUUUACUAUUAGAUGAGGAUGAUGACAAGGAAGAUGAAAUAGUUCCAGUGAAUACUGAUCCAGUGACAAGAUAUCAGUCACAAAAUCAAACAUUGAGAAGUGCAACAGUUGCUGUUGACCAAUCUAUUGAUACUGAGGUAGAAAAUAUAACAGUUACCAAUGAAAUGACUGAAACUAAUACUCCUACAACUUCUAGUCUGGCGUAUAUAGAUAAGUGCAAUAUUCGGUGGAAAAAACAACCUUUUGUUCCUCCAAAAAUUACUUUGAAAAAACCUCGUGACCGACAAACAUGACCAAUUAGUAAGUUACUUUAGAAC